UAUGUGCUGCACCUACAAUCAGUGCGGCUUCUUCCAUUCGUUUUUGGUUCUACGUUACGUCGUUUGUGUGAAUGAUUCUCACAGGGAUCAAACCAUAUUAUUUUCAUUAUUUUGCGCUAGUACUUAUCGAGAAUAGAGUACUAAAGUUGCAAAUAAACUAUUGAGAAAGAUUGAGGUUAUAGAGAAAUGGAGCCAGAAUCAAGGCGUAAAGGUCCAAGAAGCCCUAGUGCAGACUCAGAAGAUUCAUCUCAUAGAAGAAGAUCAAGGAAAUAUGAUCGAUCUCCAUCUCCAAGAAGAAGCAGAUAUCGAAGAUCUCGUUCCAGAGAUAGAAGAUCGCGUUCCAGUUCCAGAGAUAGAAGAAGGAAAGACUCUAGUCGUUCACAACAAGAAUGGAAACAGCAAGCAGCAUCUCAAUCUCAAUCUUCUACUCCUAAUCCAGCUAAUCCUGGUGGUUAUGUUCCAGCAGUUCAUAAUCAAUACCAGGCACCACCACCUCCAAACACCAGUCAACCACCACCACCUUUGCCAGCUUAUAACCAAGGCUACAAUAAUUACAAUUACAACUAUGGACAAGGCUAUGACUACAGCUACCAGCAACCCACUGGUUAUCGCAGUGACUAUCCACCACCAAAUUGGCAAGGAAAUCAGGUAGCUUAUAACAAUCAACAACCACCACCUCCACCCUCACUAACAUCCCAGCAAGAAUCAUCAAGACCAGUGGAUAGUGGUUCCUCUGGAUUAGUGUCGUCCUUGGCAAGACCGGAAGAUGCCAAGAAGGAAGCAGCAAUCGCAGCUGAGGUAAAACAGCAAAAAGCAACUCUGGCUAAACAGCGUGAAGAAUACGUUAAGAAAUCUACUACGUUACAACGCGAAUUGGAGAUUCUGCGACAGCAGUGCGAUGAAAUUGGUAAAGAAGGUGGAAGAGAGAAUAAUCGUAUUAUAAAAGAGAAUCAGAAAUUGCAGAUUGAGAUACAAAAUAAAAUGAAAUCGAUACACAAUGUAAUCGAUAUGCUUACCGGAAUUAUAGGAGAUAAAGCUACUGUUGAUGAUCUGAAAAGCAAGUUUAAAUUAGAAAUUAGCAAAUGUUCAAGAAGUCCCAAAGAAGACUUUCCGAAAGGAAAAUCGUUGUCGCCCGACCGAUCAUCGGCAUCCGACUCCGACAAGGAAUCCAAAAUUGAAAGGGACAUGAAAGAACGAAGGUCUCCCGAAGAUUCUAAACCUAUGUACAAUUUUGUACAUUAUGACCCAGAAAUGCACUGGUGUAAAGUCUGCGAUAUAUUUCCUAAAACGGCAAAGGAAUAUUUGAAUCAUCUGCAUAGCAAUGAGCACAAAGAAGCUUGCUUAGAGCGCAAGAUAGUUGAUAUGCCGUGGCAUGAGCGGAAUGGAGAGGGAACGGAAAAGGAAGUGCCCUAUUAUCCUGGACUGCCAACGAAAAGAACACCUAUUAAAGGUUUACAGUUCUUCAGUGCUGCAACUGCAUGGUACUGCAAGCUUUGCGAUUCCUGGAUCGGGGAUCUCCAUUGUGCAAGUUUGCACCUGAAAUCUAAACAGCAUUCAGAAAAUUAUUCUCGUUUUGUCGAGCAAAAUCCACAUUGGGAAACCGAUUGGAUGGCAGAUCGUGAGAAAGCAUUCUCAGAGGAGAAACACAAACAGAUCCAAAUGGAAUUGCAGAAACACAAAGACGACGACCCGCCACCAAAGUCAAAGAAAUCAAAGAAGUCAAAGAAGAGUAAGAAGAAAUCUAAGAAGCGAAGAAACAGAAGCAGUGGUAGUGACAGUUCCAGCGAAUCAGAAAAUUCGGACACAGAUUCCGAUCAGGAUAUGUCCAAGAGCAUUCGUGUCGCUAUGCGAAAUAAAAUGAAAGCAUCGACGCAAGCCAUUCUGAACGAAGAGAUAGAUUAUCAUCGGAUAAAAUUGAAAGGACACUGGUCAAAAAUGGCGCAACACUUGAGUCAGUCUCUGACUCCAGAACCUCAACCUGUCGAAACUGAUGAAAGACAGCUAUUGAAUUCGAUCAGAGACAAAUUAAAAGCGAAGCAGGAAGAAGAAAUGAAGUCUAUUAGUAAUCGUAGGCUGAGUCAAGAGAAAGCAAUCGAAGAAGAGGAGGAAGAACAAGAACAGGCUUCUUUCUCAAACAAAUCAAAGCCGGAGAAUUUGGAAGCUUGGGGACCAAAAGAACCUCCUAAACCCUUCUGGAUAAAGAAAGAAGAGGAAAAACCGCAACCCAUAGCCAACAAACCAAUCGAAUUACCCAAACCAGAAGAAAUGCCUAAACCACAUAUGGGAUUCUGGACAAAACAGCAAGUCAACAUGACCGUAAAACCGCCCGAAAAUAAAUCUAUAGAGAAGGAGGAUGAGAGACAAAGAGAAAGCGAUAGAUACAAAGACGAUCGGGAUAGAAAGUAUGACAGACGGGAGGAUAAAUAUGAUCGUUAUAGCAGCAGGUACGAAAGAAGGCGAGGGCGAGACAGAGAUCGUGAUCGUGAUAGAGAUAGGGAUAGGGACCGUGAUAGGGACAGGGACAGGGAUAGAGAUCGAGAUAGGGAUUAUUACGAUGAUCGAAGAAAACGAGAGAGUAAUGAAUCUCCUCGACGUGAAAGAAGUUGGCGCGACAGCCCAAAGAGAGGUUAUGAUAAAUAUGGUAAAGACAGAAGAGAUGACAAUUCAUCCAACGACGAGUCCAAAUUCGAGAAGAAAACAAAUGAAUCCGCGUCUAAAUCUAAGAAGGGUAGUAUACAGACUAAAAAGUCAACACCUCAGGUAUCGAAAGGUAAAUUACCUUUCAUUGGUAGAUUACCACUAUUUAAGAAGAAAGCUGAAGAACCAAAGUUGCCUGAGAAAGAUAUUACUCCUCUUCCCUAUCAACAGAGCAAAUUCGAAGAUACACCGAAAGUUCCCAAUGAGAUCAUAAACCCACCUGGUGUUGUACAUAUCACCAAGCUUGCAACUCCAAUAAAUCUGGGUAAUAAUAAUAAUAACACUACUAGCAGCAGUAGCAAUAAUAAUAGUACCAUUACUACCACAGCUAAUAGUACAAGCACUCUACCUCCUCAAACUAACAAAAGUCAACCGAUGAAAAUAUUGGUAGCUCCACCACCUCCGGUAUUGAAUGAAACGAAACCAACACAGCAGGUGGUCGAUAUGGAGAUUGAAGAUCAAUCCGAGGAAACAGUAAUAGAGGAACCAAUAAUAGAGCAGCAAAAACAAACGCACAGUAUAUCGAAAUUACCUCUGCCUCCACAUCCUCCUCCUCCUCUGAAUAGACCACCACCACCUUUCUCGACUACGUCGCAGCAGCAACAGCAGCAACAGCAACAGGCAACGGUGCAAAGCAGACCGCAAUUUCCCACGAAUCGGCCUCCGCCGCCAUUUAUGACAACUCCGCCACCGUUCGUUCAGAGUCAAGCACGAUUUCCUCCUCAUCAACCAGUACGGCCACCAGUGCAAAGUCAUCCUCCUUUCAUGGCAAACCCACCGCCACAAAUGCCCACUGUAUCUCCUUUCGUUCAAAAUCAUCAAAAUCCACCACCACCUCCGCUACCAACUGUUGAGAAUACUACACAAGAUAUUUCUGACAUCCCGGAACCCACUGAAAAACGAACUGACCCAAGCAUUCCUCUGCCUGAUGAUUUGCAAGAGGCCCUAAAUAUAAUCUUCCCGAAAGAGGAAACAGAAACGAAACAACAAAGUCAGCAAGAAAGUAACAUUAUGUAUUCAUCUAUGUAUAGUAUGUUAGGGUGUGUUGGGUACGGCCCAGAAUAUAUGGAUCAACCACCACCUGAAAUUACUCAAGCGGAGACAGAAGUAGAUACUCAACCUGGACCAGAUGAUUUGAAGAUGUUAGGCAUUGACGAAGGAGAUACAAUCCUAUAAAACUUUUUAUAAACUCACAAUGUUCUCUGGUUCGAAUGUUUUUUUGAUAAGGAUUUAGCGUUAAACUAUAAGUCACGUCGACCGUCUAUCCCUUCUUCUUUGAAACGAUUACAAUUUGUAAUUUCUCAAUGUAAAAUUUAUACGUAAUGUAUAUUAACAUCGAAUAUUAUGUAAUUAUGUAAACUAGUAUUUUAAGUAAGAAAUAGUAAAUGUUUCUUUCUCAUGUGCUAAUAGCGAAUCAGUUGAUGCUAAAGCGUUGCCUUAGCGAAAUAACUGAGUGAAAUGAGCCUACGAAAGAUUUACUAUUUUUUAUUAAAUAUACUGUUUUCAUUUAAUUCUGAUUGAAAAAGAUAUCUCCAGAUUUUUAUGAGUUUGUAAAAACUAAACAGUUAAGCUAAACGUUACAGUGUCAUAUAAUUACUUUUACUUAAGGUGUAUAUAUAUAUAUAUGCACCUUAGACACAUGUCAAAACUUAAAUUUCCAUAUGUGUAUAAGAGUAUUAAAAACACUUCUUUAGAGAUAUAAGUAAUCAGCCUAUUUACUUUUCCAGAACACAUUUGAAUACUAGUAAGAACAGCAUAAACACUAUUUAGAAAACAAAUUCAAAGUGUACAUUUGAUUUAUGAAUAAUAUUCCACUAAUAAAUAACGAAAUUACAUGAAA